CGUGUCCGAAGAGUUUUAUUCUUGGUGUUAAAAGUGCGCGCGCAAACCCGCAAAGUUCAAAAAUACUUUCCGAUAUUCCGGUAGCUGAAAGCUGAGAGCGGCUUUAGUUUUGCGGUUGAUGUUAACCGGUUAAAUUCUUGUUCGUACGCGCGAGUUACUUUUUCCAGCGUAGUUUUUCAAUUUAUUUUCGUUUCGGUUUUUAGUGCUUUGUGACAGUUUUUUUAAUUUCUAAGCCAUGAGGGUUAUUUAUUUUGGCGCUCUUCUCAUCUUCUUAUGCACAGCGAACGGCCGGCCGAACACGCAAGAAGUCGAUUACGACCUAGAAAUUGCGCUGCCCGAAGAUGGCGUCCAAAAUGAUAAUUACGAUUACGAGGAGGGCGAAGAUGAGGAGGGCGAUGACGAGGUGCCGGCGCCGAUUUUCAAUACGCGACCCAGGGACUUUAUGGUGAAGGAAAAUGAGACAGUCGAGUUGCCCUGUGAAGUAGAAAAUGCAGAUACCUUCGUGUUUAUGUGGAAGAAAAACAACGAAAUAGUAUAUCAAGACACACUCCGGUUCAGCAGUUUCGGAAACAACUUCCAACUUAACAAAAGAUCGUUGAUCAUCUCGAACGUAGGUGCGAACGAAACGGCGAACUACACGUGUACCAUUCCGCUUUCAAAGGAGGAAAACCUCAGCGUCACCCAUCACUUGUACGUCCAAACUGCGCCGAAAAUUGAAUCGCUGAAGGCUUUGCACGACAGCACACAGAUCGAUGCAGGUAAAUCCCUUGUUUUGACUUGUAAAGCAAUCGGAUUUCCGAAGCCCACGAUAGUUUGGUCGAAGAAAGGACAUCGGCUGUCGACGGAAGGUGAAACGAUCUCCAUUGAAAACGUGAGCCAUCACGACGCCGGUGACUACCAGUGUUUGGCGGAUAAUCGGAUAGAGCCUCCUGCGCACAAAUUCAUACACAUCAGUGUAGCCCAUCAACCUGUGGUAACAAUCGAGAAAUUGACGGUAAAUUCGGAUGAGAAUUUGGACUCGCAAUUGAUAUGCUACGUUCGCGCGGUUCCCAAAGCAGAAGUCGUGUGGAAGAAGGACGGCUUGAACGUCGUCAAAAAUGAGCGCGUCGACUUCAAGCACCACAAUCACACCUACAUCUUGGAAAUCAACAAAGUGAAAGUGUCCGAUUUUGGCGUUUACACGUGCUCCGCGUAUAACAGGGUGGGAAAUAACGAGAAGACGAUAACGUUAACCGGUUUCCCGAGCCUCGCCGAACACGUGGAUACCUCACACGAUUCGGAUAAGAACGUUGUCGUCGUGUGGAAUGUCGAAUCCAAUUCGCCCGUCGCCCAGUACGAGAUUCAGUAUAAAAAAGUUGCGAAUUCCGACUGGUUAAUUCUACAUCCCGAGGUGUCGAACGCCGAAGGAAAUCUUUACACGGUCAACGGUACGUUCACCAACCUCCCCGGUGGACACUACGAGGCUAAGCUUAGAUCUAGGAACACGUACGGAUGGUCAGAUUAUUCUCCGGUCGUCCACUUCAAAAGCGGAGGACAUCACAAACACAAACCACACAAACCUGCACAAAACUCGGAAGAUACUCCGGUAGUUAUCAUACACGAACCACAAGCCUUUGACGGAAGUGGAAUUACGGAAGGAGGUCCGGUGAUAAUUCAAACCUCCGAGCAACCCGCAGUUCAAAAGUCAGAAAUUUCCUACGAAGCACAAAAUGAUAAUGCGAUUCAAACGCCACACACACAGGAACAACAGCAACAAUUAACGAAAGAGUCCCAAGGUACAGGUGGAAAUGGCAGCAGUAACGUUCUUCCAACGUUAUUAUUACUAUGUAUAUCGUUACUCUCAACACAGUACAGCCGUUGAAUGUUCUCAUCUUCCUUUUCCGUCGAAGAAAUCUUCCACGCACUGGUAGCUUAAACAAAGUAAACCAAAGGUUUUUAUUAAUCUAGGUAUAAUUAAAUUAUGGAAAAAAAACUGUACUGCCGUUAACGCAAACCUAGUUACUGUUACAAUUGUUUCAACGUUUCAUAGGAAUGACUCCAAUAAUUUAAAUAAUCGUUAACGCCCGCUAACAAUUAUUUAAGUCGAUUUGGUGCUGUUUACAUUUCUGUGAUGUUAGUUAUACGCAAAAGGGGUCUCUUCCAUACUACCUAUAAACUUCUUGAUUCCGUUUGUAAUUGAAUUCAGACAAUCAAUGUAGGGAUGCCAUAUUUGAUACCUCGUAACACGUUAUGAAAUAGUAGAUAUUCUAUGUUAAGUUUAGUUCUCGAAUCAAGAAGUGUCAUUUAGGAUCAAGCUCAAAGGUUUGGUUUUUACAGUAUUUUUUAAAAAUGCAGGAUGCUUUCAAAAAAUCAUUUUAGAGUCGUCUAGUCCGCCGUUAAGAAAUCUUUUAUAAUUAAGUGUACUUUAGGAUGUCUUUUUGAAAAAAUGCUGAUUAUGGUGUCUUUUUUAAUUGGAGGAGUAUGUAGCUUUUUAAGUCGCGUAUUUUAAUUGAAGCUGCAAAAUUUUGUAAAUAUUUUUGUUUAUUUUGUGUGAUGUGUAGGUAUGUAGAGCUAUCGUUUUAUAAUUAUUUUUUUAAAACUACCUUGUAACGAGUACCAUAAUGCCUAUAUGUUCCCAAUUGUGGCCUGUCAAAAAUCAGAUUUCCUACUUGAAGCUUUUUAAUAAUUUUAAAUUCAAUCUCGAAAGUAUGAGAAAUGGGAACUGUUUGCAAGAUGCCUUACUAUAUUAAAUAAAACAAAUGUUAUACAAUUCGAUGUUUAGAUAUAAUUGUUGCUUUGUACUUCCAGCUAUUUUAUAAGUUAAUUAUACAUGUAAUGAACUUGCAAGGCCCUCCUUGACCAGUUUAGAUAGAUACACUUUCAAUCAAAAGUUGGCAUAUCAAGUCUUGGUAAAGCUUUUUUGUGGAGAGCUUUGCAACUUCACUUACAUUAACAACUGAAAUACGAAACUGUAUAUUGUAUGUAUAGAUAAAAUAAUUACAAUAAAAUAAUACCGUACAA